ACCUAUAAAAGAUAGUGUUUAUAAAACAUCACAUAGGACUUCUGCAACAGUAAUGGAUAUAUUAAAGGAAUACAAAAGCAGCUCUAAUCUUUUAAACUAUUUACAUGCAUGUAAUAGCUCUUUAACAAAAAUCAGACCAAAUACAAAUUUGUUAGAAAUGAGAAAUUCAUCAUUUCCAUUGUCUGGUAUUGAAGAAUUUUAUCUAGUUAAAAGAAUACAUCUAGUAUAUAUAAUGUCAAAAUCUAGAAAAUGUCCACAUCAUACAACAUGCUCCAAAACAAUGUUUCAUAGUAAUCAAACCCACUCCAUUUCUAACAUCUUUGAACAAUCAUGUAAAUUGCAUAAUGAAUUAUUGAAGACUACAAUGCCAUGUUGUAAAAACCAUACGGAUAGUAUGAAUACAUUUAUGGAUAGUAUAAUAAAAAAAAGACGCUGUUUCGAAAAAGACUAUGAUCAAAUGCUAAGACAAAUUUCAAAAUUAAUGCAUACAUGCAAUGCAGAAAAAUCAAAAUUACGGGGAACUUCCAAGCAUUGUUACCUUAAGAAAACUAAAUGUAAGAAGGAAACUUUGCCCCGUUGUAAGAACUGUAAUCAAAGUUUGAAGGAAAAACCCAAAAAUAAUUGUAAGCCAAAAUAUAUGAAUAACUUUGGUAAAAUAAUAAAAAGUACAUAUGAUCGGUGUUCUAAACAAGCUAAGACGAAACUGAAGAACAACAACAUAGGUAAAAUUAUAAAGAACAAAUAUGGCCAGUGUUCUAAACAAGCUAAAAUAAAAUUGAAAUCAAUUAAUUUAGAUAAAAUUUUAAAAAAAUUAUACGGCCAGUGUUCUCAACAAGUUACAUCAAAACUGGUGACAAAAUUGAAACCUACAAAAGAAGAUUGCUACAUGUUUAGUGUGCAUACUUUCCCAAAUCAAAAACUUGUUAGUGAACCUAAGAUGUGUCACUUCAAAAAAAAUGCUGUAUAUCAAUUUUGGUCUAUAAUGAAUCCGGAACAAUCAAAAGUGGUCAAUUGUGCAGCGAUAGACAAGAGAGAUUCAAAUAUUGAAAAUUAUACCUCAACAUUUGAAAUGCAGCAGAGAAAUUGUUUAAAAACCAAACUAUUGUUAACAAAGAAGAGGACAUCAGUAGUAUUUCUUGAUGUUAAUAAUUUCGCUGAAUAUGACAUUUGCCGGCAGGGAAUGUUUAAAGAUCCCAGCAAAAGUAGUUCCCACAAAAGUCCGAAGAGUAUAUCUUUUAAUAUACCCGAAGAUAAAGAAUCGUCGCAAAGUUCUAUAGAGUCUUCAAACUCACAAUAUGAUUGUUGUAUUAAAAAUUGCCAAGAUACGGAUGAACCUAAAUGUAUGUUACGAGACAAUCGUGUUAACGAAAUAUCAAAUGAAUGCAAAAAUAAACUUUGCAAUGCAAAAACUUCUCCCAUCAAGGUGAAACUUCCUCUCCCUAAAUGUAUAGAUUGUACAAGAGAUAACAAACAAUGUGACAUGGGUUUAAAUACAUUGCCACAAUACAUUGACGAGGAAUAUAAACCAAUAAUAAAUUCUAAAAAACCAAGAAUUAUAAGACGCCAAAAAAUUAGACAUAGUUCUUCAUCGCAUUGUAUAAUAAAAAUAGAUAACAGCAGAAAAGAUCUCGAGUCACUUAAAUUGAUAGAUCACCUUCAGCAACUUGAGAAAAACAAAAAAUGCCCACAAAGGACAAACAAAAAAUUCCAUCCACCCUUUUGGGUUAAAUUAUACCAGAAUAUUACUAAGAAACGCAAAAUAUCUAAAAAAAAAGCUUGCAAAACCGAUUCAAAGGGACUUUUUAAUUUUCAUAAAGAAAAUGACAAAAAUAGUAAUGAUAUAUUGACGUUCAGUGACUUUCAAAAUAUGAAUGAACAGCAACUGUUAGACAUAAUAUGUGAAUUGAAAAAAGCCAUGUCUUGUGAUUCGUCCUGCGAUUCCAUAGAGGAAAAUAAAACAAGUUCCAAAAGUGUAUCUAGCGAUUCUUAUCUCGGAGAAGGUUCGAAGUUUUCUGAUGAUACAAUUACCUCGAGUUCUGGUUCUCUUUCUUCCUACGAUUCUGGUUCAGAACGUAAACGAUUAGGGAUAAAUUUUUCUAUACCCCCUAAUAGUGUUAAUACCAAAAAGUUCGUAGACCCAUGUCACCACUACAUGAACAUUCUAGCAUAA